AUGUUUUGGAACACCUUUGCCGCUGGCACGCUGCUGGCUCAGUCUGCUGCUGCGCAGAACAUGUUGCGCUUUGGCUGUUCACAGCUUACUGUCGAGCGCGCCGACCCUCUCGUCGCACCUGGCAUGCGCCCGUCUCCCCACACACAUCAGAUCAUCGGAGGGAACUCCUUCAACCUCACUAUGGAGCCCGCUGUCUACGACCCGGCAGCGCUCUCCACCUGCACAUCCUGCACCUACUCCGAGGACUUCAGCAACUACUGGACGGCCUCCAUGUACUUCAAGUCCCCAGAGAACGGCACCUUCCAGCGUGUCCCACAAUUUGCCAAUGUCGGGCUCCAGCAGACCGGCGGCAUGACAGUCUACUACAUGGCCUACUCCGCCAAGAACGGCAAGAUGACCGCUUUCAAGCCCGGCUUCCGCAUGCUGGCUGGCGAUCCGUUUGCCAAGAAACCCAACAAAGCUUCCAUAUGCCAUCGUUGUUUGAAGAAUGGUGAGGGCUUCGCGCCAUGCGAUGCUAAGGAUACUGCGGAGUUGCCGAAUAAGUACUGUCCUGGGGGCAUUCGAGCGACCAUUAUCUUCCCGAGCUGUUGGAACGGCAAGGAUUUGGAUUCUCCGGACCACAAGAGCCAUGUUGCGUAUUCGAAUGGUGGCGGUCUGGGCUCGCCGUCCUGUCCUAGCACGCAUCCUGUCGCCAUUCCACAGGUCAUGUAUGAGGUCAUGUGGGACACAGGCAAGUACAAGAACGAUAAGUGGUACGGGAGUGGAAAGCAGCCAUUCGUGUACAGCUUUGGUGAUGGCACUGGUUAUGGCCAGCAUGGCGACUACCUCUUCGGCUGGAAGGGCGAUGCUCUUCAGAAGGCUAUGGAUGCACUUCCUAGUGGAAAGUGUGCGAAUGCAAACUGCAAUGUUCUCAAGGUCCAGUCUGCGCAACAAGCGCAGUCUUGCACCAAGAAGCAACAGGUUGUUGAGGAUGUUGGUGUUGCAGGUAAUUGGUUGACGGAACUCCCAGGCGGUAUGCCUGUUUCUUACUCAACAUAG